AUGGCCGGCGAGGAUGAAGAGGUACCAGUAGGUGUCUACAGGCUUCGGUAUUUUGGACAUGCGAAGGGCCUCGGUGGAAAGAUUGUUGAGUUCGAAGGCACCAGUGGGUGA